ACUCGUGCGCAUGUUGUCGCGUUCCACGUUUGAAAAGUAACGAAGUAACAACGAAAUAUCCGAAUUUGUGUUUAUGUGUUCCGAAAUCGAUUGUUGAGUUUAAGUUAUUGUAAGUUUGUGCACAAAAAUGGUCCAGUGACGUGUUUUGAAAUAGUUUCGGGUGAUUUUUUUUUCAAAUUAACCUGACCGUGAGCAAGUGCACGCUAUUGUUUUCUUUGUUGACUUGAAGCAGCUGUCAAAAUAAACGGAUUAUCAAGGUUUUGUUCCACCAGACUCACGCUAUACUGAAAGAACAAAAACAUCAAAACAAACGAAAAACGAUGAAUUAAACCAGAAAAAUCCGCCACCAAAAUGUCGCAUGCGCACUAAGCUGACCCAAUCAUGAGCAACUUUCUACCAUCUUUGACAGUUUGACAAGUGACACAAAAUGGCGCACAAAGUGAAGAACAAUCAUUAUGUAGCGACGCACAGGUCGGGUGUCGAUUCCCCGUCGUCUGGUGGGUAUAUUCAUCGAGCUUCUUCGAGGGAGGAGAAUGACAGUCACCGGGCACCUUCGGAACGCACGCUUUCAGAAUAUACGACGAUGGACGAGAGGACCCGGUCACCAUCAGGCGAGCACAGGAAUGGCAGACGGCACCAGCACACGAACGGUUCUCCUAGAGCUGACUCCGGCUCUGAUGUCUAUGUCACCAGUGCAGCAUACCGACCUCCUUCGGAAAUCAGCCGGCAGUCCCGGGCACCUCGCAGCGUGUACUCGUACCGAAGCGCAGUUGCUCCCUCUGUCGCCUCUACACACAGAUCCAAAGUUUCCAGAAAGGCCGGAGUGAAGGUAGACGCGAUGGCAGCUCCGAACCCAUUCUGUCCUAACGUGAAAGGCAUGUGUUGCCUCAUGCUGCUGCUGAACCUGGGCCUCAUACUCGUCACGCUGGGUUUUGUCAUCGUACUGCAGUUCUUCGAACCAUUGUUUGUAUGGAUUCUAGGCAUAGUCUUCCUAAUCUUCGGUUUCCUAACACUCCUGGGCAGCCUGAUAUAUUGCGUCGUGCUAUGCCGAGAAAACCCGUACCCACGGUACCCAGAUGACUUCUACUGGACACACCACUGGUCGAAGACUAUAGGACCGUCUGAGAUCCAUUAUAGUGCUAGCGAAAAGCAAUACGUUAAGAAUGGACACAGCGACAGAUAUAAUAAUAAAUAUAAUGGUAAAUAUUCUGAUAGAGAAAGCGCAAAGGGUUACUCAGACAGAGAAAGUAAACUUAGUAGGUACUGACCAUCUUCAUAUUCCUUUUACCCGGUUUUUAAUUAACUCAGAAAUGUAUGAUGAAGUGGUGUUUACAUUGGUUUUCCUUGUUUUGUAAAUUGUAAUGUAAAUAGCGCUUUGAAAGACUCAGUCAUCAUUUUUACAACCAAUUUUCAGACCUAUAAAAAGGAUUUUUCGUCAGUUAAAAUUAAUGGAGUCGUUUAAAUUAAAACUUCACACAGUAUGAGUAGAAAAAUUGUAUAUUGUUGGUUUUCUCACAGUUGUUAUUAGAUAUCUUUGAUAUUGUGUUUUGUACCAUGAAUAAUAUUUAUCUGAUUGCGCAUCUUUUUGUCUUUAAACUCGUAAAAUUGUACCUACAUAAAAGUUGUUCAUUAUUGAAAUGAUAGCCUGUUUUUUCAGUAAGCUAAUAAAUGUCUGUCUGUCUAUCCACAAAUCUAUAUAUUAAAAAUAUCUACUAAUGUUAUUAAAAUGUUGUCAAUAAACCAUUAAAGAUAUAUUUAUUAGUUUAGAGUGAUUAUUUAGUUAAUGUGUAGUAACAAUUUGUACUUAUCUUUAUAGAUUAUAUGAAAGAUUUUAAUUUAAUGUAAAUAAUAUGAAUUAAGCAUAAAAACACUCAGAAUUAAAUGCCAUAUUAAUUUACCCGUUAAUGUAGAGUGUUUAGUGUAAGUUAGGGAACAUGGAAUAUAAAAAAUAUAAUAUUUGUGAAUAACAACGUAAAAUUUCCGCUUCCCGCCAAAACAAUAUGGCCGCUGCUGCGCAUAACUUGAUGAAUUUAAUGAACGCAGUGCGCAAUGUAACAGAAGUGGUCAUAUCGAAGGAAUUGUACGUAAAAUUAUGUAAAAGAAGUACACUCAAAAAGUACAUUAAUUUACACGUAGAAGUUUUGCACCGUACACGAUGUAUCUUUAAUAAAAGUAUGUUUAGGUACCUUUUUAUUGAAAAUGAAACAAAGAAAUUACAAUUAUUGUACUUGUAAAAAUUGUGUGCGUAUUUAUCUCUUAAUCUUUUGGAAAUAUGUCUGUCCACGGUGCAAUCCUUCCCUGUCCAGUGUACUAUAAUUUUUAGAAUGUAAACAUCUAACCUGACUUUAAUCGCCGAAAUUAAAAUAUAUUUUAAAUACCUAGAUGAAAUAAAUAAUUUUGUAUAAAGUGUA